AUGUCUCAAUCCCUCCGCCCAUACCUCCAGUGCGUGCGCUCGUCCCUCACGGCCGCCCUCUCCCUCUCCAACUUUGCCUCGCAAGCCUCGGAGCGUCACAAUGUCCCUGAGAUUGAGGCUGCAAGCUCCCCCGAGGUCAUCCUGAACCCCCUCACUGUAUCGAGAAACGAGAAUGAGCGCGUAUACAUUGAGCCCAGUAUCAACAGUGUGCGAAUAAGCAUCAAGAUCAAGCAGGCAGAUGAGAUUGAGCACAUUCUGGUCCACAAGUUCACACGGUUCUUGACCCAAAGAGCCGAGUCGUUUUACAUUCUGCGGAGGAAGCCGGUCAAGGGCUACGACAUCUCGUUCCUGAUUACCAACGCCCAUACUGAGGAGAUGCUAAAGCACAAGCUGGUCGACUUUAUUAUCCAGUUCAUGGAGGAGGUUGACAAGGAAAUUUCUGAAAUGAAGCUCUUCUUGAACGCAAGAGCACGUUUUGUUGCCGAAUCUUUCCUUACUCCAUUUGAUUGA